AUGACAACUCCUUCACCACGACGUAAAUCUUUUUCGAGAUAUAGUAAUCCUUCAACGAUGAAUGGGAUGCCAUCACAACCUCAACGACCGUCCGUUUAUGCUGGUCCCGGACCUGGACCUGGGGCUGGGUCUCAAGGACAAGCUACACCUCCUAUGGUAAAUGGAAGAAGGAUGACUUCUGGUCCUAUGGCUCCUGGUCAAGCUCCAAUGAUGAAUGGACCAGGAUCACAUCCUAAUGAAUCUUCACCACAAAUAUCCCAAUCAGGACAAGGACAAGGACAAGGAUACUACUCACAAUCACAAUCACAACAACCACAAUUCCAACAACGUAUACCAAGUAAUGCGUCUUCAUCGCCAAUAGUAAAUUCAAAUACUGGUAAUAAUCCGAAUCAGUAUCCAUCUGCUUUAGUCAACAAUACUUCAUAUCCAUGGAUGAUCAGACCAUUAAGAUUGUAUCAUCCACAAACAUCACCACCAUCCGCACCACAAUCACCUUUUCCAAGAUACGGAUUGAGUGUGCCUGCAUUCCCAAGUCAUUCGGGGCAUAUGUUGAUUUUCGGUGGACUGGUACAUGAAAGAGUUAGAAACGAUUUAUGGUCAAUGGAUAUUAGAGGAUGUGAGACAAUGCCAGUUAAAACAAAAGGUGAUGCACCUAUUCCGAGAGUCGGUCAUUCUUCAGCUAUGGCAGAUAGAAUCAUGAUAGUUUGGGGUGGCGAUACGAAAGUUAAUGUUGAUGAUCCGCAAGAUGAACGUUUAUAUAUCCUUGAUUUGAGAUCACAAGAAUGGACUUCUGUCCCUGUACAAAGAGGUCCAGUGGGAAGAUAUGGUCAUGCCGUUUGUUUGAUAGAAGGGAAAUUCUACGUUUUUGGCGGUCAAGCAGAUGGAGCUUUCAUGAAUGAUUUGUGGAUGUAUGACAUCAAACAAUUGUCUGGAACAACGCAUAAAUGGGAACAGAUAAACUAUUCCACCCCUGCACCACCAAGAAGAACGGGACAUAUCUUAGUUGCUGGAAGUACUGGCAAAUUAUACCUGUUUGGUGGUACGGAUGGUAAUUACCAUUACAACGAUACUUGGUCUUUCGACGUCGCUACAGGAGCAUGGACAGAGUUAUCUUGCAUCGGCUAUAUUCCCUUACCAAGAGAAGGUCACGCAGCUGCUAUCAUUGAUGAUACAAUCUAUGUGUUUGGUGGCAGGGAUGUUAAAGGGAAAGAUUUAGGAGAUUUAGCUGCUUUCAAGUUAUCCAACCAACGAUGGUAUAUGUUCCAGAACAUGGGUCCAUCUCCUUCACCAAGAUCAGGUCAUGCGAUGGUUGCUGCUGCUGGCAAAAUCUUUGUCGUUGGUGGUGAAGCGAAUCAAGCUUUGACUGAUAUCAGAGAUGAUCCCAACAUGAUACAUAUUCUCGAUACUACAAAAAUUAAAUAUCCUCCCGAUACGCAACCUCCAAGAGGACCAUCAGCAGCAUCAAACCAUCAAAUAUCGACUCAGCCUUUGCAAAACAUAUCACAACCUCAUCCUCCAGGUCACAUCCAAGGACAUGCACAACCACAGCCACCACGACCAGCAGCAAGAGAGGGAUCUCCACCGAAGAAUCCUCUGCAGAAUGUCGUUGUCAAUGAUACCCCUCAAUCUGUAAAAAGGACUUUACCAAACUCAAGUUCAGUGGAUAGUCUCGCUAGAGCAGCUUCUCCUCCUGCCAUUGGUGAAAGAGCUGCAUCAAUUAUCCCACCUCUAGCAGCUGCUCUACCUCGAUCUGAAUCAGGUGAUUUGGGCCAGAUCCCUCAUACAGCUACACCUCGAGCCAAUGGUGGACCGCCCCAAAGACCUCGAAGAGAAGGCGACGAAGAAUUUAGGAGAGCUUUAUCACCUAUAAAUGGACCUACAUCACCUUCUAAUCCCAACUUCCCCAACAAUCGAGUGACUUCCCCAACUCAUAAUGGUCCUUCCUCGCCACCGUCUAAUCCUAAAACAGGUUUCAACCCGUCCAUCCUGGGAACCAGAAGUCCUUCACCAAGACUGAGGAAUCUGGAUUCCGAGAGACCUGCUCCGCCACCCGAUGCUUUCUAUUAUGGCAGAUCGCCCACUUCCAAUGGUUUCGGGAACAGACCUUCCUCGUUGUCAAAUGUCAAUGAUCUAAUGAGAGAAUUGAAAAACAAAGAGAACGAGAUUGAAGUUGGGAAGAAGAGAGAGUUAUCUCUGAAAGUCAUUCUUGCUAGAGCAGUCCAGCAAGGCUUUGUAGCGACCGAAAAUGAAGACCUAGAUCUGCCAAACAGAAAUAUAGAGGACGAAGGAAAAGAUACGGAAUUGAUACAUAAGUUGACAGAUGCGCUGGUCAGGCUGAAACAAGAGAAAGCGGUCAUUCAGAAUGAUAUGAUAUCCCAGAUUCGAUUAGCAUCUGAAAAAGCCAUGGAGGCUGAAAGACUUCGUCGAGGAGCGAUACAAGAGGCUGCCUUCUAUCGGGCAAAGAUUGCUACUUUAGAAUCAAACUCUCCUAUCGAUUUGGCAAGAGUCGAGAAAGAACGUAUCAUCGAACUGGAACGACAAAUUGGAACACUUUCAGCCACUCACGCUUUCACUCAAAAGGAAUUGGAGACAAGUCAUAAAUCGAUCGAAUCAACUAAGUCGUUGCACUCCGCUGCAUUAGAGAGAGAAUCUGAAACUCUCAAACGUGCUGAAGAAGCUGAAGAAGCCCAUCGUGAAGCUGUAGAAGAAAUUGAACAAUUACACGAAAAAGGAUUAUCGAACGAACAGACGCUCCGUGAACAUACAGAAAAACUUAUCACUUUGUCCUCGACUGUUCAACAGAGAGAAGCCGAGAAAGAUCACUUGCAUUCUCAAUUGGAAGAAGCUCAAAAAGCUAGAGAUGAGAAUAUCAGUCUGAUCGAACAAGCUCAAAUCGCGAUAAGCGCAGCCGGUGCCAGAACAUCAGAAAUGGAAUCACUAUACGAGAAAGCCAACUUGAGAGUCUCGGCCUUGGAAGAGGAAUUAGCAGAAGUGAAAGCUGAAUUAGACUUGAAAUCCCGUGAUGCGGAAUCUGCAGAAGAAAGAUAUCAUGAAAUUGAAAAAGCGUGGACACAAUCACGUGAAGAAGCAGAUUCAUUGAGAUUGGUGACUACUUCCAAGUUAGGUGAAUUCUUGGAUUCACAUAAGGAGAUGAGAGCGGAUGAAUCCAGACAUACAAGAGGAUAUCAAGAUCAGAUUCGAGCAUUGGAGCAAGAAGUUGAAUCUUUACGAAAAAUGUUGAAAGAAGCUGGACAAAGAGUAGAUUCUGCAGAGUCUGGUGUAUCCAAUCAUCGAUCGAAAUCAAGAGAGCUCGAAUCCAAGUUACAAUCUCUACGCGUUGAGUUGAGAACAUCAAAGACUAAAUUACUUUCUCAUCGAACUGAAUUGAACAAGUAUAAAGAUUUACAUGAUUCAAGAGAUAAUGAAUUGAAAGAAAAAGAUAUCGCUUUAACGGAUAUUGAAACUCGUGCGACUGUGUUAAGGAACUUAUUAGCAGAUCAUGGAAUUGCCAUUUCAGAUAACGAUUUGGAUAACUCUUCUGCCAACAUCUCUUCUUCUGGCUCAUCCGGUAAUUCAGGUCAAGGACCUAAUUCUUCAGGUAAUGGUUCGAACGGAGAUUCUAUCCGACAAUUGGAAAAUCAAUUGAGGGAUAAAACUAGAUCGAACGAGAUUGCGCAAAGGGAAAUUGAAGAUUUAAGAAUAAGAUGUGAUGAAGCAGAAGAUAAAGUUGAAUCUCUAGGUAGAUUGAUUGAAAGAAUCAAAGAUGCAAGAUCGCCAACUUCAUCCUCAAUGAGGUCACCUACUCCGACUGGUGAUCGUGAUCAAGAUAGAAGAGUAGGUGAAUUAGAGAAAAAAUUGAUGGAUAUGGAAAAUCAACAUAAAGAAAAAGUUAAAGCUGUUGAAGCAGAUUAUCAAACUGCUGUUAGAUAUGUCAAAGGUACCGAAAAGAUGUUGAAGAGGAUGAAGGACGAGCUGAAUAAACAGAAAGCAACAAAUGUGACAUUGCAAACGGAAUUGGAUUCGAUAAGAGGUCAACCUGGAAAUCGAUCAAGAGAUCUAUCAGGUAGAUCAACACCUUCGUCUUCAGCAGGGUUGGAAGGUGAAUUGACUAGGAAAUUGAAUUUAUUGACGAAUCAACACACUAAAUUACAAGAGGAUUUCCAAGCUUCACAAGAUGUCUUGAAUGCGCGUAAUAGGGAAGUUGAAUUACUUAGAAUGAGAAUUGAAGAAUCGGAAAGGGAAAUCGAAAAUUUAAGAGAUGAUUUAGAUCAAGCUAGACAAAGAAUACACACUCUUUUAGCUGUAGGUGUGACUAGUGAUAAUGAGGAUCAUGAUCAUGAUAGAUUGAAUGGAAUGGAUGAUGAUGAUGAUGAUGAGAAUGAUGGAAGUGAAGAAGCGAGUAUGGCUUUUGAUAAGUUCACGAAAGAAUUAAAACAAUGGGAGAGAUCAAGAUCGCCAGGAAACGAAAAUGACAUUGAGAGAGAUAAUGAAUCAGAUGACGAUACUGCUCAAUUACCGUCACUUUCAAAUCACUCAAAUGGUCACAACAACGCUGCCGCCGCAACAGCGGGAUCACAUAUGAACGGUACUGGUAAUGGUAAUCGACAUCAAAGACAUAGUUCGGAAUAUUCAGGUGAUUGGGUACAGUAA